UUUUGUUUUCACGCUUUUUGGAUACCCAAACUCACCCAAUAAUACGAACGACUCUGAAGGAGAGUCGUAAUUGGUUGGCGCAUUUUUUAUUUUAACAAGAUACCCGUCUCGACUAUCGCAUUGUAUGCGACUUUCGGGAAUCGCAGACACCUACGUUCAGACAAUUCGAGAUUUCUUUGGACGGAAUCAUCAAAGUCAAGGAUAUAGCCAGGUUGAGCAAUUCGAAAUGGCAGACUACCAAAAACCUGGCCAGUUUGAGCCUACCACCACUGUUGUGGUAACGGGUGGCAGCAGCAACGAGGGGACUGCUAGCAAUGAUCACGUUACUAACGAAGCAGUCGUUCAUGGAUUGCAGCAGAUCGAAGCCAAGAAGGUUCAUUGGUAUUCAUAUCUCACAACUGCUGAUUUCUGGAUCGUCCUCUUAAUGGGCCAACUGCUCUCGCUUUGCAUCACUGCCACGAACACGUUUACGACAUUCCUAGCCAACUACGGCACAUCCAUCCCGGCUUUUCAGACCGUCUUUAUGUACAUUCUGUUGUCAAUCAUCUACCUUACCUAUACUGUAUUUACCUAUGGACCUAAGAAGUACGGCAAGAUCCUACUCGUAGACGGUUGGAAAUACUUCAUUCUCAGUUUCCUCGAUGUUCAGGGCAACUAUUUCACCGUGCUGGCCUACCGCUACACCAAUAUCCUUUCCGCGCAGCUAAUUAACUUCUGGGCCAUCGUGUGCGUCGUUAUUAUCUCGUUUCUCCUGCUACGUGUGCGGUACAAGAUUUUCCAAAUUCUUGGUAUACUCAUCUGCUGCGGUGGAAUGGGCAUCCUGCUCGCCAGUGACCACAUCCAAGGCACCAACGGCGGCACCGGGGAGAACAUGCUGAAAGGCGAUCUCUUUGCACUUCUCGGCGCUACGUGCUACGGUCUUACCAACGUGUUCGAGGAGUGGUACGUCAGCAAACGUCCUAUGUACGAGGUCCUGUCCUUCAUGGGCCUGUUCGGUAUGUGCAUCAACGGCGUCCAGGCCGCCAUCUUCGACCGCACAAGCUUCCAGCAGGCGACCUGGAAUGGCGAGGUCAUAGGUUACCUAGUCGGAUACACGCUCGUGCUUGCCUUCUUCUACACCGUCGUGCCGUUUCUGCUGCGCAUCGCGUCGGCUGCUUUCUACAAUAUCUCGCUACUCACGGCGAAUUUCUGGGGGACCAUCAUCGGCAUUCACGUCUUCGGCUACGCGAUCCAUUUCUUGUACCCGAUCGCCUUCGUGCUGAUCAUCGUGGGCUUGGCGGUAUACUUCCUGGCGGGAAGUAUCCUCGGCGAGAGCAAGAAGCCGUGGCUCGGCGAUAACCAAGAAGAAGGCGUCGCGGGCUUCGGUACGGCGAAAUUGAAGGCGUUGAAUAUGGCGCGGAAGCAGGGGCUAGGUACUGAUACGGGGAACAACACGGUUUAGGGAGGGUUGGGAUUUAUUAUAGAUACUGGGACGUUAAGGAAUUCAAGGAUAAGCAUCUGGGAUACUACGGCUGAGGGCGGGAUUUCUUGCCUACGCCUUGCAACGCGGAUAUUGGAACUAUGGAAAUAGUUUCUUGAGAUGAACUCUGAUAAAUAUAUUGGGUAUUAUUGAUAUCUACAUUCUGAAUAAUGUAUCGUGUGUUUGUACGACUUGCGUGGAUUAUAUUUACUUAUGUGAACCUUGGAUUGUGAAGCCCUCUUUCCCCCGUUUCCAGUUUUUCAUAACUUUUUCGAAAUCAUGUUGCUAUUCGAGCAUCUAAGUACCUACGUAGAUAUUAAUCGCGUAUUCAUAUAUUCAAGUUAUAGUUAAGGAUGAUUAUUCCUUGAUAUAACCCGUUGUAAAAUUAUAGGAAUUAUCCCCUCAUUUGGCGAAUUUUAUGUUGCAACACCUGAUAUAGGUAGUUAUACAGACCAGGCGUAUG